GUGGACGGGUUCUUCACGCUGGUGUUCGGUCUGAGUAGCAUCAACACGCUAACAGUGAUUAGCAUCACACGCUACAUCAAAGGAUGCCACCCGAGCAGAGCUCGUCACAUCAACAGGAUCAGCAUCUCCGCCUGUCUGCUGCUCAUCUGGAUCUCAGCCGGGUUCUGGUCCGGAGCUCCGCUGCUCGGCUGGGGGAGUUACACAGAUCGGGGCUACGGGACGUGUGAGGUGGACUGGGCGAAGGCGAGCCAUUCGGCGCUGUAUCGGUCGUACAUCGUGUCGAUCCUGGUGUUCAGCUUCCUGCUGCCGGUGCUCAUCAUGCUGUUCUGUUACGUUUCCAUCAUCAACACGGUGAAGAGAGGAAACGCGCUGUCAGCUGACGGAGACCUGAGCGACCGCCAGAGGAAGGUGGAGAGGGACGUCACCAUCGUUUCCAUAGUGAUCUGUACAGCCUUCAUCCUGGCCUGGUCUCCGUACGCUGUGGUCUCCGUCUGGUCGGCGUGCGGUUUCCACGUUCCGAACCUGACGAGCAUCUUCACGCGUCUGUUUGCUAAGUCUGCGAGCUUCUACAACCCGCUCAUCUACUUUGGCCUCAGCUCCAAGUUCAGGAAAGACGUGGCGGUGCUGCUGCCGUGCGCCGGCGACGCCAAAGACGCCGUCCGGCUGAAACGUUUCAGACCGAAGAACGACGGACGUCUCCGAGCUCCUCUGAACCGCACCGAGAAGAAGUACGCCCCCGUGCACCUGCCCCAACCCCCCGACCCGGCUCAGGGGGGCCUGCCCUGCACGCCGCCGCCGGCCAAUAGGGAGGUGUUCUACAUCGACAAGCCCCACCCAUCUGAGACCGGGCCAGAGUUUGAGUGUGAAAGACUGUAG